AUGGCAGAGUCUCAGAAACAACCAGCUUCUAGACCAAAGCAAAAGCUUCACUCCAUGCAAGAGCCCAAGGCGAUGAGAAAACUGCACAUCAUUUGCAACGAUCCUGAUGCUACUGAUUCAUCCGAAGAUGAGUUGGAGAGGAUUCAGAACCCGAGAAGAGUAAAAAGAAGUGCAUGUGAGAUCCCUCUUCCUCACACAUUCACCACUCCUGAAAUGAGGGUUAGCACUAAAGAUCAACCCCAAAGUAAGAAGAGGGCUUUGACUCAUACCCCAUCAGCGAGGAGGAACACUUCUAGGAAAUAUAGAGGUGUUAGGCAGAGAAAAUGGGGAAAAUGGGCCGCUGAGAUAUAUAACCCAUUUCAGAGUACUCGUAUAUGGAUAGGCACUUUCAGCACUGCAGAAGAGGCUUCCCAAGCCUAUGAGGCCAGAAGGCUUGAGUUUGAAGCUAUGGCAAAGGCUCAAGCUUACAAAACUGGUUCUCGUUCUGCUGCUGAACCUUUGGCUACAACUUCUGAGAAGAGUAACUGCCGUAACUCCUCUUCUGCUGCUGCUGCAGUUGAUGUGUCUGUAUCUGAGAAGGUUUCUACUACUUCUGAUGACUCGGACAAAAGUGUGUUGUCACACAAUUCACCAUUGUCUGUGCUUGAGUUGGAUACCCCAGCUUCCAAAUUCAUUGAGAUGGGUAAUGUUUCAACUGACGAAGCUAUUGAGGCUAACAAUUUGGUCGAUGAACUUGCAGAGCUAGAGAUACCAGAUUUGAAUCUGUUGAACUUGCCGCCACCACCAUCUGCUGCUGUUCCAUCUGAGAUUGAGCCAAACUUUGGGCUUGAUUUUGAUUGGCUAUCGUUCGAUGAUUAUGGACAGGGUUUUGAUGAUUUUGGUGGCUUGGAAGAUAUUCAUAUUUGUGGGUUUGAUGACAAUGAGCCUAGUGAGCUUCCUGAUUUCGAUUUUGGUGAUUUUGGUGCUGAUGAGUUUUCUGGUUGGACUGAGGAUCCCCUCAAUAUACAUUAUGCCUAA